AUGGCUCCACAGGCCUCCUCUCGACCCUUCUCCUUGGCCGCACGCGUCUAUCCCCCACUACCUCCGCUUCUCGCAGCGCCACCUCAGCAGCCCGUGGUCCAGCAUCUGGCGAAGCCGCAAUUAGGUCGGCUAGGUCUAUUAGCUAUCCCCGCUGUAGCAGUUGUUGCGCUUGGCUUUGCAGCGCAAGAGCAGAUCGAAAAGCAAGUGCUAGUUGCUCAUGAAAGCGCAAUCAGCGCUCAGCGGAAAGAGCAGCAGUUGCAAGAGAUGGAGAAGAACAGGAAAAUGCUCGAUGCCUUUGCUGAGAGGGGAAGCCUUGCGGAUCUGGAGAAGGCGAUGGAGGCUUAUGGGACACGGUGA